CCCAACUUUUUUGGUUUGGUUGGCAAGGCCUCACAUGCUUCUCACUUGUAGGUUAAUAUCAUAUUCACAGAAACUUAACAGGUAACUGGAAAUAAAACGGAAAGGCAAUACCCACAAAAAAGAAGGAGAAGAAGAUCGAAGAAUCAGGAACCUUGAAUCACAACCAUUAUUGGUUCUCUUUUUUCUAUUCCAAGCUUUCCUAAACUUCCUUUCAAGAAUCUCUAAAAGAGAGGGAGAAUCCACUAAUUCAUAUAGCUUUCAUUUUUCUUUAAUAAUUCUAUUUGGAGCUCCAUGGACUUGCCUACCAAGAGAAGAGCAUUGCUCAAGAUCAUCGUCCUCGGGGACAGUGGGGUUGGGAAAACUACUUUGAUGAAUCAAUAUGUAUAUAAGAAGUUCAGCCAACAGUACAAGGCUACAAUCGGUGCUGAUUUUGUGACCAAGGAAUUGCAGAUCGACGACAAACUGGUAACUUUGCAGAUAUGGGACACAGCAGGGCAAGAGAGAUUUCAAAGCUUAGGUGUUGCAUUUUACAGAGGUGCAGAUUGCUGUGUUCUUGUGUAUGAUGUAAAUAUUCAUAAAUCAUUCGAAACCCUUCGAAAUUGGCAUGAAGAGUUUAUCAAACAGGCAGAUCCAGCCGAUCCAGAUGCCUUUCCAUUUGUAUUACUUGGAAACAAGAUUGACAUAGACGGAGGAAACAGUCGCGUGGUUUCAGAGAAGAAAGCUAGGGACUGGUGUGCUUCAAAUGGAAAUAUACCUUAUUUCGAGACGUCAGCGAAAGAGGAUUACAAUGUUGAUGAUGCAUUCCUAUGCAUUGCAAAGACUGCUCUUGCCAGUGAACAUGAGCAUAACAUUUACUUUCAGGGCAUAUCAGAAACUGUUUCAGAAACUGAACAGAGAGGAGGCUGUGCAUGCUAAAUUUGGCUGCCAAAAAGAAUAACAGAGUCAUAUGUAUCAAGGACUCUCAGUUUCCCAAUUUGGUCGAUUCUUUAAUUUCUUUAUCGUUAAUCUCAAGCCAUGCAAAUUAGGCUUAAACUGCACUUGAUAAAUAAAAUUGUCCUCAUGUUGCUAUUACUGAUAAAUCUGCUCCCUAAUAAAGAAAUUAAACGAGCAAUUUUAU